UGUUCGACAAGUGACACGAGUGUGCUUCUAACGUUCUAUUUCUGCGUUAAAUUUAAAUGAAUUUUUAAUUUUCACGAUUAAUUCGACUAUUUUUGAAUUUUCGUGGAAAUGGAAUUUAAAUGUCGCGCUCGAUGUAAGUUCAGGUGAUUUCGCGCGACACGAAAAGGCGGGAAACGUGUGUGACGCACAUUUUGUGAAUCAGCUGUUUCUUGUUGUUUUAAUUCUUCACGUGAUCGUGAAUUUAUGGUUGUGAUUUAUAUAAUUUGCGCAGUGAUCGUAUUCAUUUACAGAGGAGCCAAAUUAAAGAUCGAAGAGUGGCUUAAAGAAACAAGAAUGAGUAGAUUGUCAUUAAAAAGGCGUAAUUCGACGCAUGAAUGUUCGCCUGGAACAAGUACCGGUGAAGUACCCACUGAUAAAAACAAUGAUUUACCAAUUUAUGAAUUAGUAGAAACUGACUCUUCAAUAUCUUCAGAAUCAUUAAUAUCUGACAUAAGCUAUGACGAAGAAACAAUGCCCAAGUUUGAAAAAUACACACAUUGCAUAAAAUCAGAUGAAGAUAUUGAUCCAUAUGAUACAAAUGUAAAGCACAAGACCACAGAGCCUUAUUGGAAAAUAAAGGAAGCUUUAAAUUAUCUCAAAAAUAAGUAUAAUUGCAGUGAUUCUGAUUCUUCUAGUGAUUUUGAAUCGACGGAGUCUCAUGAAAGAAAAAAGCAAAAAAAUAAUGCUGAAACUGUAGAAACUGAAAUUAAAGUAGAGGCAAACAGAAAAGUAGAAGAAACUGUGGCUCAAGUGGCAAUAGAGCACAAACAACUGAUAGCUGGGAUAAAUGUGAGGCUUCCUGUGAAACCUUAUUCAAGUCAGGUUGCUGUAAUGCACAAGGUCAUACAAGGCUGUAUGAAAGAGGAGAAUUGUCUUUUGGAGAGUCCAACAGGAAGUGGAAAGACUUUGGCUCUUCUUUGUGGUGCCCUAGCAUGGCAUGAUCAUCAUGUUGGUGAGGUGCAGAGAGAGAGAGAGAGAGAGAGAGAGAGAGAGAGAGAGAGACGCAGAGGGCAAAUGCUUUAAAGGGCCGCAUAGAGGGAAAAGGUAAAUUUUUGCGGGGUUUCAACUGGUGGCUCGUGAAAUUUUAAUGGCUCCGCCCGGUAGAUGAUAUCCAAUCUUAAAACGAAUCCCAUUUUAGUCUUCUCUCAAAGUUAAAUCUCUAAUUCUAAGUUAAUAUCGCUCGUCUUUAUUGCAUCAUUGAUUCAAAUAACGAGUUUCAAAUUC